GUAAGGACGGAAGCCGACGUGGGACCUGCCCCGUUUUGUUGUGUGUUUCGCCUUUUAUUUAAACACGCGUUUGCAUGGGAAGAAGAGGCUAGGCUCCCCAUCGCGGCGGCGCCGAAUCGGAGAGGCCUCUGCUGGACAGCCAUGGAGGACGACGCUCCGGUGAUUUAUGGGCUGGAGUUCCAGGCACGAGCUUUAACACCCCAGACCGCAGAAACAGAUGCAAUACGGUUUCUGGUUGGAACUCAGUCUCUUAAAUAUGAUAAUCAGAUUCACAUCAUAGAUUUUGACGAUGAAAAUAACAUUAUAAACAAAAAUGUUCUUCUGCAUCAAGUUGGUGAAAUUUGGCACAUAAGUGCCAGUCCAGCUGACAAAGGUGUGCUUGCAACCUGCUACAGUAAAACUUCAGACAGUAAAGUCAUGACAUGUGCGGCUGUUUGGAGGAUGCCGAAGGAAUUGGAAUCAGGCAGUCAUGAAUCCCCUGAUGAUUCAUCAAGCAACGCUCAAACCCUGGAGCUACUCUGUCACCUUGACAACACGGCCCAUGGCAAUAUGGCCGGUGUUGCAUGGGAGCCGAUGGGAGAUGGCAAAAGAUUAAUUUCUCUGGCUGAUAAUCACUUGCUUCUGUGGGAUUUGCAAGAAAGCUCAAGCAAGGCAGUGCUGUCAAAUUCCGUCGCCUUGGAAGGAAAGGGACAGUUGAAGUUUACCUCCGGACGAUGGAGUCCCCACCAUAAUUGCACUCAGGUUGCGACAGCAAACGACACUGCCAUUCGAGGAUGGGAUAUACGCACUAUGACUCAAAUAUAUUGUAUAGAAAAUGCUCAUGGACAGCUGGUGAGGGACCUCGAUUUUAAUCCCAACAAACAGUACUAUCUGGCUAGCUGCGGAGAUGACUGCAAGGUGAAAUUCUGGGACACCAGAAACGUCAGUGAGCCAGUGAAGACACUGGAAGAGCAUUCCCACUGGGUCUGGAACGUCCGCUACAAUCAUUCCCACGACCAAUUAGUGCUGACAGGCAGCAGUGACAGCAGAAUCAUCCUUUCCAACAUGGUAUCCAUUUCUUCUGAACCUUUUGGGCACCUGGUAGAUGAUGAUGAACUUAGCGACCAGGAAGACCACCAGGAAGACAAGGCUUUUGUGUACACACCUAAACGGAUUAAAGAACCACUUCAGGACAGCAUAAUAGCUACCUACGAAGAACAUGAAGACAGUGUCUAUGCAGUGGAAUGGUCUUCAGCCGACCCAUGGCUAUUUGCCUCGUUAAGUUAUGAUGGGCGGCUUGUUAUUAACAGAGUUCCCAGAGCUCUUAAAUACCACAUACUGUUAUAAAUCUGUUCACAUUUCUUCAGCUUCAUUAUCUCAGUAUUGGCUGAUAAUUGGAAAUACUCCAUUUCUCAAAUAAGUGUCAUGAAAGGAAUAUCAACCCUUUUCCCUCUAGUGUAAAUAUUUGAAAAUUAAAAGAACUGCUAUGAAAAUCACUUUUUUUUUUACUGUUUUUCUUGUUUUGCAGCUGACAUAUUUUAUAUAGUACAGUGGUACCUCUGGUUGCGGACACGAUCUGUUCCGGGGUGCCAUUCGCACCCCAAAAAGUCUGCAACCAGAGCGGCGCUUCUGUGUGUGCGCGAAGUAUGCAGAACGCUUCUGCGCGUGCGGCAAAACCCGGAACUAAACACUUCCGGGUUUGCUGCGUUCCCAAACACACACACACACACACACAUGCGUACACAUAAAUGAAGAGACUACUGUAUUACUAUCCAAUUUCCUUGUAUGAUCUGUGUUGUCCUAUAUGAAUUAGUUGAACCCAAAGGGAGCAUUUACCCAUAAUUUUUUUAAUAUUUAGGGAAACAAAUGGAAUAUUGCCAAUACACUCACACCAAAGUGAACUAUUUCAGUUUCACUUAAGUGUUUCCAUAGUGGAGGUUUGUGGUUGAACCAAAUCAUGUCUUAAAACAUUUCUGCCUCUUAAAACAAAUAGACAUGGGCUGUGUUUGCAUUUAAUACUAAACUUUAGUCAGUGCAGUGUGACUGAGCCAUCUGCAGAUAGGAAACCCUUUUUCAAAUAUCUCAAGGGCUCCCACAUGGAAGACGGAGUAAGCUUGUUUUCUCCUGGCUCUGGAGGGUAUGGCUCGAACCGCUGGCUUCAAGUUACAAGAAAGGAGAUUCCGACUAAACACCAGGAAGAACUUUCUGGCAGUAAGAGCUGUUUGACAGUGAAAUGGACUCCUUCGGGAGGUUAUGGACUCUCCUUCAUUGGAGGUUUUUAAGCAGAGGUUGGAUGGCCAUCAUGGAUGCUUUAGUUGAGAUUCCUGCAUUGCAGGGGGUUGGACUAGAUGGCCUUUGGUGUCCGUUCCAACUCGUAUGAUUCUAUGAUCUGUGUUACAUUAACGCGUUUCAGUUAUUGCACAACAGGAAGUGCAGGGGCCACAAGGCCUAGGAAAUAAUCCCACUAGCUUUGGGAAGGGAAGAUGAAUAUGGAUCCAUAAAUCCUGCUGUUGCUAUAGUGACAGCUUUGGCUUCUGUUGAAAGGGCCUGCCUAUUCCUAACCUUUGUCUCUACCCAGCAGCUAGAUCGAAAUGUGAUUUUCCAUGUGUGUAUGCUGUUCCCAGUAUGUAAUGAUAUUACCAAAUUGUAUUUGUAGGGCCUGGGAAAAGGGAGGCAGACAGGGAAAUCCCAUUAAAAAAACACACACACCCCAAAGCUAGAUUUUAUUCUUGACCGACUAAUAAGUACAAAUCUAAAUUCAUACAGUCCAUGGUGGGUAUUUUUCUGCCUCUAUUUUAAUAAUUCCUGCAAGUAGCGAUCACCCUUGGAGCUUCAAGGGUGGUAUCACGUCCAUUUCAUACCUGAUAAAGAUGAUGCUUCAUAUGAGUGGACAGCGUGAGCUCUCCUUGGCUUCAGCAAUAAACCUUUGCUAAUGAAGAAAUGAAUUUUGAAAUAGUGGGUUUAAAAAAGAAAGUUGGUGUGUUUUAUCUUCACUUUAACAUACCGAAGCAUUACACUGUUGAAUUGAUUUUACCUGUUAAAAGUUAUCUGCCGUAGCUAAUUUCGCCAUGGACUCGCAUGGAAGGAGUGAGGUACCCUUCAUAUAUUGAAAACAAUGCUAUAGGUAGAUAUGGUAAUAGGGUUAUAGAACUAAUUUUCUAAUUUGCUGGCAAGAAGCUGGACUGUGGAUCCCCCUAUGAACAAACAAUCCCAUAGAGCCUGAACCCCAGUUUAUCACUGUACCUUCAGCUAUCCACAUGGAUGGUAGGCUCAAGAAGCAGAUGAAACACAGUACCUUUGCCAGAGCUGCUGCCAGUCAGAGUAGACAGUAGUGGGUUUGAUGGACAGAUAAGGCAACUUCCUGUGUUGAGUGAAAUGGAAACAUGCUGAAAUUAUGGCAUGGGGUUUGUUCAGAUAUAAAUUGUGGUUGCACUAACCAUAGUUUAGACCAGGCACCCCCAAACUUCAGCCCUCCAGAUGUUUUGGACUACAAUUCCCAUCUUCCCUGACCACUGGUCCUGUUAGCUAGGGAUCAUGGGAGUUGUAGCCCAAAACAUCUGGAGGGCUGCAGUUUGGGGAUGCCUGGUUUAGACUCUUAAACCACGCUUUUUGGUCCACUUUUAUAGGCAAAGUAUAUUUUCUGUGAUUUCCUUCCUCAUACCUUCCAUGAUAAUUUCUGGGUGCUAGGUCAGACAGUGGCCUCUAAGGGUUAAGCACCACCCCAAACCAUGAGUUCAGAUGUAUCAUCAUAUGACAAUUUAAUGAAAUUACGGUAGUUUUCAAACCAGCUUCAGACUCCCAAUUUCAAAUCAUCAUUUGUUGGCCACUGGCAAACCAUAUUUUGCCAGACGGUGUUGGUUUAGACAUUACGACAAACCUUAGUUUUGUGUGCUAAAGCAUGGUUUGGUGUUGCCUCUUUUCUGCACUAAUGGUCUUUUUCAUUCCUUCCAUCCACCUUAAAAAGAAGCCCUCCUUAAGUCUAAUAUGUCAACUCUUGCAGCUUACUAUUCUGUGACUGUUGGUUCAUCCUAAUAAAUUGGGCAUCAUGUAUUGCUGCUUCUUAGGGAAGCAUGUGGGUGUUUGAUGGGUCAAUGCAGCUGCCUGGAGUUUUGGAUUCACCUGGGGGAUGAAUCCAGGCUCUCCUUUUGGGUGUGACUGUUGGUGGAAACAUUGUGAGCCCUUGCACUUCGAAACUGACCACUGUGCUACUGCUUCCCCAGCAGUCUUCUAUCCAGGACUCCCAAACCCAGUCAUAGCUUGUGAAGCUUCAGCAAUGUUACAGCAUCAAUGCAUCUUCAGACCAUGCCUUGGGACUAUUUGUAUUUAACAAACUAAGUGUAAAGAAGCAAAGCAGCUUUGAAAAUAUUGAACACUGGUGCAUUUGCAUAUCCAGGGAACAGUCAUUUGCCGUCAAAUGAAAGAUAGAAAAGAAUAGCGUUCACUUUUUAAAAAAAUGCUUACACACACACCCCCCAAUACUCUGAAUAUUUUGCAUUUGGCUUUUGAGAUGUUUAUUGCAUAAAUGAGGAAUUAAAAGAGGAGCACCAUUAGAUGGGUGCCAUUGAGGGAAUUCAGCUUUCACGUUGGCAAUGCAGGCUUUUCAACCCCCUGCACCAUUAAGAAACCUAUUACAUAUAAUUACAAGCAUAGUGUGAUGUUUGUUAUUCCAUAGUAUCAUAUAAUGAAAUAGAAAGGAAAGGAACCAUGUUGUAUUUAUUUACUUACUUAGGUUUAGCACUUGAUGCAAAGUCUGCCAAAAACUGCAUGUUUUUGUCUGCUUUAAAAUGAACACUAAGCCUAAAUGCUGAAGCUUAAAACUUAACAUUUCUCUGUUUUCUCCAUGGACUUCUAUUUUUUUUCUGCUUGUUAAGAAACACAACUUAUUUUUGCUCUUAAACAUUUAAUUAGGAGGCUGUGUGCACAACCAGAAGCAAAAGGUGUUACGAUGCAGGGAGGAACAAACGGUACCUUUCUAUGUUAUUUGUGCUUGUUAAUAAAGCUGGCAUUUUGGUUAAUGAAAA